AUGUCGGAGGUGACAAUCGGCAGUGACGAAAGCCUCGUGUCUUUCGAUGUAGUUUCGCUGUUCACGAGCGUGCCCGUACCCCUCGCGGUCUCAGCUGCCCGAGCCGCCCUGGAGAAGGAUGAGAACCUCAGCGAAAGGACGAACCUCAGCACGGACGAACUGUGCCGUCUGAUGGAGUUCUGCCUCAACGCAACAUAUUUUUCUGUCGGAGGUGAAUUCUUCCAACAAACAAGGGGAACCGCCAUGGGAGCCGCCAUUUCAGCCACAGCGGCAAACCUGACGAUGGAACACAUCGAAACACGAGCUUUGGACACGUUCGCCGAACCACCAGCAAUAUUUUUGAGGUAUGUGGAUGACGUCUUUUGCGUGAUCAAGGAGUCUAACAUCGACGGUUUCCUGGCACACCUAAAUUCGAUGGAACCGGCGAUUCAAUUCACCGUGGAACAUGAAAAGAACAACGUGCUUCCUUUUCUGGAUGUGCUACUGCUCCUGUCUCUGUCGACGUUGACCGCGAGUUCUGACCCGAGCCCCUGGGAGGUGACCUCCGUGCCGGGGCUCGACCAACCGGUCAACUUCAAGCAUUACUCGGGAUUCGUUGACGCCGGCGAGGGGCGACGACUUCAUUACUGGUUCAUGGAAAGCCAGCGGUCGCCCUCCGAGGACCCUGUGCUACUGUGGCUGAACGGGGGUCCCUGCUGCAGUUCACUCGUGGGAGCCAUCGCAGAGCUGGGCCCGUUCAGGGUUGGCUACCAGGGCAUCAACAUGACCAUGAACCCUUUCACCUGGAACAAGGUGGCGAACAUAAUCUUUCUUGAAUCGCCCGCGGGCGUUGGGUUCUCCUACGACCGCUCGGGAAACUACGCUAGCGACGACACCCAAACAACCGACGAGAACUACCUCGCCACGCUGAACUUCUUCGAGGAGUAUCCCGAGUUCAAGCGGAACGACUUCUACAUCGCGGGCGAAAGUUACGCCGGUGUCUACGUUCCUCUGCUUGCGCAGCGGUUUGUCAAAGACCCACGGGGAGUUAAUCUCAAGGGAUACGCCGUCGGAAACGGAGCACUAGACAUGGAGCUUCUCGGCAAUUCAAUCAUGUUCUUCGGCUACUACCACGGUCUUUUCGGUCAGAGGCUCUGGAAGGAACUCACGAGCAACUGCUGCAAUGGGAGCAUCUCUCAGGAGACGUGCGACUUCGGGUGGUCCACCAAGAACCCCGCCUGCGUCGAGCCGGUGAAGAAAGCCAACCAGAUCAUCCUCAGCAGCGGCCUCAACGUGUACAACCUGUACGACCCUUGCAAUUACGACCAAGGCAGUUCUUCACUGGCGCUACGCUACUCCGACAGCACGAUGCAGCACGCCUUCAGGCGACUCAUCAGGAAACUGUUCAAAUGGCCUACCUCGACCAUCAACGUCGGCAAGCCCAAGUGCAUCGACCAAGACCGCUUGCAGCUGUACUUCAACCGUCGUGACGUCAUCGAAGCACUGCACGUCCAGGAAUCGCCGCUGCAGUGGUACCCUUGCAACCUGGCCAUCAAUUACACCGAGCAAUACACCACGAUGCGCGAGGUUGUCCAAGAUCUGGCCGAGUCGGGCCAACUGAGGGCUCUUAUCUACAAUGGAGACGUCGACAUGGCCUGCAACUUCCUAGGCGAUGAUUGGUUCGUCCACAGCUUGGGAUACGAGCCAACGUCGGAGUACCGGAUGUGGCACUUGGACGGAGUGAUCGCUGGAUUCGUCCAGAACUUCGAGCACGACAUCACUUUCGUCACUGUCAAGGUGGGUCCCACUUCGUAG